CUCCUGAUGUGUUGGAUAUCUGCGUGUUGAUGCCCAGCCUCGGUGCCUCCAGCACCAGAGAGGGAGCAGCAUCUCCUGCUCUUCCAGGCUCGCUUCAUGAGAGACACCUCCAGGUGGGGCUAACUGGUCUCCCUAUGGUGUGGGAGAGGCGGAGUCUGACUCUCACGCUGCUGCUGCUGUGCUGUCGACUCUUUACUGUACAUGACAAAAGCAGGAGGAUGGAGUGAGUGGAAUCAUCACUCACCUCUUAUUUCGCUCAUCAUUUUUAUGCGCAUUUUUCUCCGGACUGGCUUGGUUUUUUUUUUUGGAGUAUUGCAAGUGAAAGUGGGCAGCUCUUCUUCACUCCAGCGACACAGCUCAAAUUUCGGCACCGACCACAGACACCCAGAGCCAGGAGCGUCUCCUUCUGCUUCCCCACCUCCGUAAAAAGAAAUUCAAGCUUGGAGCUGAGAGACAGCUGCGGGAUCCCACAGUCCGCCUUCUCUCCGUGUCUUUUAUGCAUUUUUGCAGGAGCUCGGCAGCAGCAGCGGCGCCACACUCAAGUAGAUAGAGGCGGGAAGAGAUGGACGAGCAGCCGAGGUUGAUGCACGCUCACACGGGGGUGAGCAUGGCGGGACACCCCGGUCUGUCGCAGCACAUGACGGAGGGCAACGGAGCCACCGACGCUGACGGCAGGAAACAGGACAUUGGGGACAUUUUACAGCAAAUUAUGACCAUUACUGACCAAAGUCUGGACGAAGCGCAAGCCAGAAAACACGCUUUGAACUGUCACAGAAUGAAGCCAGCGCUUUUUAACGUCCUGUGUGAAAUCAAAGAAAAAACUGUUCUGAGCAUCCGCGGCGCACAGGAAGAGGAGCCCCCGGAUCCUCAGCUCAUGAGGUUGGACAACAUGCUGCUGGCGGAGGGCGUGUCCGGUCCUGAGAAAGGUGGCGGCUCGGCGGCGGCGGCUGCAGCUGCGGCAGCAUCAGGAGGAGUCGGCGUGGACAACUCUGCCGAGCACUCGGACUACAGAGCCAAGCUGUCGCAGAUCAGACAGAUCUACCACACCGAGCUGGAGAAGUAUGAGCAGGCGUGUAACGAGUUCACAACCCACGUGAUGAACCUGCUACGGGAGCAGUCGCGCACACGGCCCAUCUCACCCAAAGAGAUCGAACGUAUGGUCAACAUCAUCCACCGCAAGUUCAGCUCCAUCCAGAUGCAGCUGAAGCAGAGCACCUGUGAGGCCGUCAUGAUCCUGCGCUCGCGUUUCCUCGAUGCCAGACGAAAAAGGCGAAACUUCAACAAACAAGCGACAGAGAUCCUGAACGAGUACUUCUACUCGCACCUCAGUAAUCCGUACCCCAGCGAGGAGGCCAAAGAGGAGCUGGCAAAGAAGUGUGCCAUCACAGUGGCCCAGGUUUCCAACUGGUUUGGGAAUAAGAGAAUCAGAUACAAGAAAAACAUUGGUAAGUUCCAAGAAGAAGCCAACAUGUACGCUGCGAGAACUGCCGUCAAUGCGGCUAAUGCAUCCUCACAUGGGAGCCAAGCAAAUUCACCCUCAACUCCAAACUCUGCAGGUUCUGCUGGCUCUUUUAGCAUGUCAAACUCCGGCGACUUGUUCAUGAGCGUGCAGUCUCUCAAUGGAGACUCAUACCAGGGGGCUCAGGUGGGAGCCAACGUGCAGUCACAGGUGGAUACCCUUCGCCAUGUUAUCAGUCAGACAGGCGGAUACAGUGAAGCUCUCACAGCCAACCAGAUGUACAGUCCGCAGGGCAUCAACGCGAACGGCGGCUGGCAGGAUGCCCCCACCCCCUCCUCAGUGACUUCGCCCACAGAAGGACCCGGGAGCGUUCACUCCGACACGUCCAACUGAUCUCCUGCCGCUGCAUCCUUCCAUCUCCACCGGGACUUAUUGUGACGAACUGUACAGUUAUGGAGUCACAGCCGAACACUGUGGUCCAGGAUGACGCCAUCACCACGGACUACAAGUUACCCUGGACCACCGCUGGGGGGAGGGGGGAAGAUCGGAACCACCUUUGUACAGUUUCAUUUCCAUGAUGCCUCUUUGUAUUUCUUUUCCAUCAUUGCGAGCAGCGCACCGCCCCGUCAGUGUCACACACUACCUCGAUUGGAGACGACAACAGAGCAGAUCAGUCUGCGUAUCAUUCAUUCACUCUUUACUUGUUCACUUGUUUAAGGAUCUGAUCCCAAGUCCCGUAAUGCACCGCAACUGUUGAUGCAGUGCAAUUGUUAAAUGAAAAUAUAGCAAAGCUCUCAUUCUCUCAAAGCUUUCAGUUGAUCUACAAAGUAGCAUCGCUGCUGCGGCUCAUAGAGAAAUGUUAGUGAAGGAGGCUCUUGUCAGGUUGCCUGCGAUGACUAACUGGGAGGAUACACAGGAGGGCUGUGACCUGGGAAAACUUGUGUGCUUCCCCCAGGAGAGCCGGAGGAGGUUUCUGUGUCGAUGAAAGUCUGGACCUCUUCACUUAGGGAGUAUCAGAAAUGAAUGUUUAUCCAGUGUGACCUGAGCAUUUUUGUUCAGUCUGGCAACCUUUGAAAAGUUAAAACAUCUCUGAGUCAGGUUCACGUUUGAGUCAAAAUUUCAGUUUGGUUGUAACAUAAAAAUAUAGACCCUCAGCUCCUUUGAAGUCAAGAUUUUGAUCCCCUCCAAACCUGGAAGACUGCUGACUGGCUACAUUUUUGUUUUUCUGGUAAGCAUAAACUUGGAAGACUGGAUUAUAACAUUUAAAUAGCAUUUUUAUCAUGAUGAUAGAUACAAUCUUUACAUUGAAAUUAAAACACCCCCUGCAUAUUGAAAACAUACAUAAUUUUGAAUCCUUUUUUUCUUUCUUGGUUCCGGUAUUUUCAGCUCAUUUAAUUCAAAGAUCCAUGGAGCUAAAUGAAUGAUACACAGACUCAUAAUCAACUUUUCAAAUUGUCAAAUUUUUCUUUUACUUUUCUAAACUCACUCCUCCCUGUCUCUGUCAUGUAAAGACCUUUUUAUGUUACUGUGCUCAAAGAGUUUGUCCAUUGACCUCUAGUGCCAAAGUUCAACCCGUGGGGUGAAUUUUGAUUACAGACAUCCCAUCUUUUUAUUUAUACACCGCAUUAUCAUGCUAGUCUAGUUAGUUAUAACCAAAAUCAUUUGUAUAGUUUGUGCUAAGUGACAUAUCAGGUGUUUUAUACUUCAUUUACAGAGUGCUACGUCCAAUAAUGCAGAUGAAGCGCUGAAUUCUCGUUUCACUUGAGGUCUUAAUUCAGUUCCAAAACCCCAAAAUCCAUGAGCAGCUGUCAACAAAAUGUAUUAAAGCACAAUUGCGACUGAAGCAAAUAUCUGAAAUAAACACCGGUGUCUAAAACAAAAAGAUAGAAGUCAGCUGUUUCAGAACACUCUGGCGCAUGCACCCUGAGCACAGACGUCUGCAUCACUUCCUGUCGCAUCAUCCUCACUCGUAUCUGGGUUUUUAGCACAAGUAGUGAGACUUUUUUAUUUUUCAACAUAGCUUACAUCCCACUUUUGAUUUGGGAGUCAUUCGUCGCCAAAUCCAAAAUGUGAACUCUAGAAUUGUGACUUUUCUUGUAUGUACAGUGUGGUCUGUGGUUUCAAUAGCCCUCAUGAGAUGCCAAUAUUUACACACUUUGAUACCAAAAACGACGGUAGAGUUUGGAUCCUCCACUUUGGGAUCAGCUUUAUCUCCUUCUUGUAGUUUAUCUUCAGCGCUGGUGAGUGCAACUGCUCUGGCGCUCGACACUCAAGACCAAAAAAAACAGUCAGACACAGUCUACGCAGAGUCAAGCGAUAAACCCUGACGCACACAGAUGAUGUUUGGAUAUAUUUUUGCCUCCUUUUUCUCAUUUGAUAUGAUUUCGCUUUGGUACUUUUCAGUAUAUUUGAAUUAGAAUGCUCUAUAUACAGUAUGUAGAUACACACCUUCACUCUUGCUUUGUUUCAUCCAGUUCGGCUCUUGGCCGUUUAAAAAAAAACGACUCGCCAUCAAAUCCCUUUUUUUGUACGCUCAUGUUUAAACGUUGACUUUCCAGGCAAAGGGGAAACGUCAACCUGAAUACAGAAGCAGUCGGUGCUUGAAACCUUUUGUAAACAGCGCCACCAUCUGGAGUGUCGGGAGCUUCAUCCACUCUCGUGGACCGACAGGAGAGUCAAAGACAAACGUUACUUUUCACAUCCAAAUAUUCCGGAAGCUUCAUGUGAUGAUGCUUUUAGAGAAGAAAAUGAAGUAAAACAUGAGAUGUUUUCUUUGUUGCAUGUCUUUUCUGUUCUUCAAUAAAAUAAUGUACUGCAGUGUUUUGAAUGUUUUAAUAAGAUUUCUGAGUAAAACACCUUUUUUUUCUCAGCAGGUUUUAACUGUUUGAAGUUUUAAAAAAGAAAGGACAUUGAUGGUAGAACUCAUGUCUUUUUGAAUUCAACACUUGUUUUCUAUGGAGACGGAUCACAAUGAGUCUCAGAUUCAUGGUCUUCAUUUCUACUGGCAAUGGUGUCCCAAAUAAAUCCUUCUUUU